AACAUCGCAAGCCAUUCGAUAGUUGCGUUUAAUAGCAAAGUGUGUCAUAGAGAGAAAAAAACCUUUCGGGGAGUCGGCAGAUAAAUGCAAAAUAUGCCUGUUUUGGAGCACACUAAUGUCAUGGCCGAGACACCGACUGCAGCUGAGAACACCACGGCUCCGGUGGACGCAGAUGCUCCGCCCCAGGCAGUCCGGGAACUGACGCAGACGGAUCACCUGAACAGACGCCUCCUUAAAUCGCUUCUGGACAACAUGCAGGCCUCCGAAGGUGUAACACAUGACAACGAGAACGUCUCCAACGAGGAAUCCGGCAACGAAUUCGAAGAAUAAAUCUUUUUAUUAAUGUACAGUAAA